GUAAGCACUGCCAACAGAUUCUGACAGAGUAGGUGGCGGUGAGCAUGAGCAUUCCUGGACAAGAGCAAUCAUAUUGGGAUAUAGAAACGAUUUAUACAACAAGAUGGCAUAGGAACCUUGCCAGAGGGAAAAGUAUAAAGCCGACAAUGGGUGACCUCUGCUGUCUGCCACAAAGAUCGACCUUGCCGAAUGAUUGACGGCCGUCCUUUCUGCGGUUAGAUGCAA